UAUUGGCGGCAAUUGUUGAUUGCGAAAUUAAACGCGCAAUUUCAACAAAUUGAUUUAAAGUUAAACUCGAUAUAAUGUAAGUUGCAGUGUAAUCAUGAGUAAUUCUACACGUGCGUUUGUUGGCAUGCAAAAUAAAUAUGAUCGUGUUAUCCUGCUUGUGGACAUGGACUGCUUCUUCUGCCAAGUCGAGGAGAAGCAACAACCGGAGUACAGAGGCAAGCCUCUGGCUGUGGUGCAAUACAACGCUUGGCGCGGAGGAGGUAUUAUAGCUGUUAACUAUGCGGCGCGCGCCAAAGGAGUGACUCGUCACAUGCGCGACGAUGAGGCAAGGGAACUGUGCCACGACAUAAUCCUCUGCAAGGUGCCUAAUAUCAGGGAAAAGGCGGACACAAGCAAAUACCGGGAUGCGGGCAAGGAGGUGGCAAAUGUGCUUCAACGCUUUACUCAGUUGCUGGAACGCGCAUCCGUGGAUGAAGCCUAUCUGGAUAUUACGGACACAGUCAACCAGCGAGUGGAGCAGUUGCAAACGGGCGCCUUUGCGCUUAAGCCGCAGGAACUGGUCAAUUGUCAUGCCGUCGGCUAUGACAACAUUGGGGAAUAUGUAAACAAGAUUACAAAUCGAUUUGCCAAUCCCUAUAUGGAUGAUGAGCGCUAUAUGCUCUCAUACGAUCCCAACGAUUUGCCCGCUGUCCGGCAGAGCGACCUACGUCUGUUGAUUGGCGCCUGCAUUGCGGGAGAGGUGCGUGCGGCAGUCAAGGAGGAAACUGGCUACGAGUGCUCGGCAGGGAUUGCCCACAAUAAGAUAUUAGCCAAGCUAGCGGCGGGCAUGAAUAAGCCAAACAAACAGACAAUUCUACCGCUGGCGGAGAUACCCGCGCUCUUUGACCAAUUGCCCGUGGGAAAGAUCAAGGGAUUGGGUGGAAAAUUCGGGGAGACUGUUUGCGAGACACUUGGUGUCAAGUUUCUGGGUCAAGUGCUCAAAUACAGCGAAACAGAACUGCAUCGCAAGCUGGACGAAAAAAAUGGCACCUGGCUACAUAACAUAGCACGCGGUAUUGACCUGGAAGCGGUCACACCACGGUUCUACUCCAAAAGUAUUGGUUGCUGCAAAAAGUUUCCCGGUCGCAACAAUAUAACAGGUCUGAAGUCAUUGCAACAUUGGCUUGGCGAGCUGGCGAGCGAGAUAAACGAUCGCCUGGAGAAGGACUUCAUAGAAAACAAUCGGAAAGCGAAGCAAAUGGUUGUGCAGUAUGUGCAGGACAUAGACGGCGAGGAGGUGGCCAGCUCCCGAUCCUCACCAAUCAAUCACAGCGAUCAGGAGACACUGGCGAGGCAAGCGUUGGAAUUGAUCAAAGCCAAUACAAAGACAUUUUUGCGUACCGGAAGCGAGGCGGCUCUCAACAACGCCAUUAAGUUUCUGGGCAUCAGUGUCGGUAAAUUUGAGACGGCAUCCAACGCGCAAAAUAGCCUGCAAACAAUGUUUGCCAAUCAAGCGGCCAAGAAACGUCGCAUCAGCGUCGAGGACGGAACAGAGAAGACAACUGUGGAACAACCAAAACCGAAACAAACUGAAGAGGCUAAAAUGAAGAGCUUCUUUGCGAAUUAUUUGCAAGCAAAGAAGAGCGAUACAAAUGUAAACGAUAAAUUGGAAGCGAUUGCAAAGCCUAUGGAAACUAAGGAAGAAUCCCAAAUAGAGAAAGUCGAACCUGAGACUCUACCAAAUAUAGCAGAAAAUAAGUCAGUUGAAGCUGAUGCGCCGUCCAAGAAAAGCUUCUUUGAGCAAUACAAAAAAAAAUUGAUCGAGGUCUCCGUUGCACACGAAAAUUCGGAGGACAAAUCUGCACCAAUUUCAACGCCGCCGGAGUUGAAGGAAAGUUUCUUUGCCAAGUAUUUGCAAAAGCAAAAGGAUGAAAACAAAGAGACAGAUCAAUUAAAUAAAUCUGCCGAAGAUAACGACUCGUCUGAUAUGCAUGACUUGGCUGCCGAACUAGACGUGGUCGAACAUAGUGCCCCAAAUGAUCAGGAGCAGGCAGAACUACAAGAUCAGGAGCAACCCUCAACAUCGAAACGUAAAUUUCAGCAUGUCAAUUCGACAGAUUCAAUUUCAACCAGCGACUAUACGAGGAGUUAUGCUGAGUACGCACUGCCCGAGCUACGAGCAGAUCUCAUCAAGAUGGUUAAAUGCGAUGAGUGUGGCGCUCAGAUACCCGACGAUAUCAAGGCACUACAAACCCAUCGGGAUCAUCAUUAUGCCCAACAGUUGAGUCGUCAGCUACGCGUCGAACAACGCGAAGAAAUGCAGCGAAGUCGACUUGAAACCACAACGACAACAAUAACCUCACCCACAGUUAAGCCUGUGCCGGCCAAGAAAUCAAAGAAGAGUAGCGGAACAAACACAUCAACUACCACAAAACCUGUCAAUAGUAUAACAAAAUUUCUGACCGCCAAGCAGCUGGAACCACCUACCCGCUCCAGUGAUGCAAUCAUGGAACUCUGCAAUGAGUGUAAAACCUACAUUAAAAAUGUGGAUAUGCCAGAGCAUUUGGAUUAUCAUAUGGCCAAGAAACUGCAGCGUGAGCUGAACCAAUUGGAGGUACGAACUGUAGCACCAUCGAGCAACAAAAAGAUAUCGCCAGCCAGUUCCAAGAGGCAGCUUAAUAGUACUCUUAACUGCACGGCGGGUAACAAAUCCAUCACACAGUUCUUUACCCAAAGCAAUUGAAAAUGCCAUAAGUUACAAAAAACAAAGUAUUCAAUGAGAGUUAACAGAUAAGAGGAAAUUUAAAUCAAUGUAUACGAGUACAAACAAUUAUCAGUUAGACACGAUUUAUUCAUCCAGUGCCUCCAUAAUAUAAAUAUAAAUAAUUACAACGAUUAUAUCAUAGGAUUUUUUUUUAUGUGAACUAAUUUAAUUUUUUUUGAGAUGUUAAUAGCAGUACUACGUUAAAACUUUUUUUUUGCUGCUGUGUAGUUAUAUUUCCUUGUCUAUAGGGUCAUUAAGGCUGGAAAAACUCCAUAUAAACAAACAGCGUAUUUAAUCCGCGGUCGUUUCGAUUAAAAAAAUGUCCACUACAAAAAUAAGUACUUAUUUCUUGGUACACAUUAUUUUUAUCAUUAAUUAUCAAUAUUUGUUGGAAAUGUUAAAAACUAACUACAAUAUAGUUUAAGUAACUUUAUAAUUUAAAAAAGGCGUUUCUGAGCCCAAGAAUUAUGCAGGUUCCAGAUCAUGCCACAUAUUGCCAUGUAUUUUUUCUGUCUGUUUCUAAGCAAACUAAUUUCGAAAUAUUACUGAUAACCUAUCGGAUCAUUGUAGUUUGAGUUGUAGUCUUGAUACGUUUGCUUAAUUUUACAAAAAUCUGAAACUCACUAAAUACUUUG